AUGUCUUACCUUUUGAAGUGGUGCUCUUUGAUUUUGUGUUUCUUCCUCGUUCCAAUUUCGGCCCUGUUCGAGCAAUGCAAUCACCGCAUAAAUAUGAAAGCUGGCGAUAAGCUCUACAUUAAUUCACCCUAUUAUCCCGGGGAAUAUCCGAUUGGCACCUCGUGCCGUUACACGGUUGUGGCUCCCGAGGAUUAUGCAUUGAAAUUUAAGUGUGACAUCAAAAUGAAUACGUUCUCCUCCGCCACCCAGUGCCGCAAUGAAGUGUUCUAUUUCAAUAGCGAGGGAAGUGAACUGCUCAGCGGUUCCGAGUACUUCUGUGGACGGGGUCAAAUGGAGAGAACCAGUUUCCUGAAUCGUGCAGUGUUUUCCUAUAUUUCAACACCGCCAAACAAAAGGACUGUUGUCAAUGUCCUUAACGAAGCGGAGCAGUCGGAGAAAAUAAUGGAAACAAAAACUAGGAUAAAAACAACUAAAAAAACAAAAACAACAACAACAACGCCGAGAACGACCACUACAAAGAAAACAAAAACAAAAGCCAACACUUCGACGACGACAACAAAAAAGCCACUUCAAGUGACUACCCCAAGAAGAGUGGCAUCUAAGCCAACAACGACAAGAAGUCCUUUGUUGUCGAACACGUCUACUGUGACAAGGACGACCGAAGCACCAACAACUUCCUCAACAACUCCUUCACCCACCACCACCACCACCACGAGUGCGGUGGGUAAUUCCUUUGCCUAUGUGGUUGCCUUGUUGUCAAACAAAGUCGACACACAUACCUUCGAUGAAGCUUCCUUGGCAUCUUCAUCAUCGAUACCAACAACGGCAACAACAACAAGUGUCUUGAAUUUCAGCUACGAUAUCCUGCCGGCCAGCACGUGGCGUAAUGGCUCAAUCGACAUUCCUAAGAUUUCCUCAAAACGUGUGGCCAAAGUUAUUGUUGGUCAAGAUUACCAGUCAAGUGCCUUGGUGGCAACGCCGUCCCCACCUCCUGCCGCUGCUGUGCGUGUCCUCGAGGGAGGUGGGUCCUUUUCAUGUUUGGUCGAGGUUAUCCAACCACCCUGCGAUUGUGGCUGGGGUUCAACGACCAAAGUGGUGGGAGCAUCAGGUGUGGCCGGUCUCGAUGAGUUUCCUGCCAUGGCUGGAAUUUUGGUGAAAAAAACUCAGAAGAUUUUUUGCGGGGCAGCCAUAAUUCAUCAUCGUUAUUUACUAUCGGCUGCCCAUUGUUAUGUGACACCGGAGACGGGUCGAGCGGAGCUGUUGCAGGCGGUGGUGGGGGAGCAUGAUACAUCAACAGUGCUGGAGUCCACCUUCACCCGCUAUUAUGACAUAACCCACAUCAUUAUCCAUGAAUUUUUCCGCUCCACCUCAUCGCGGGUUCACAACGACAUUGCCUUGCUGAAGACCAGAACAUCGAUUGCCUACAAUCGUUUUGUGGGCCCUGCCUGCUUGCCAUUUCUGCCAGUCAUAGGUCCGGCUGGACAUCGUAAGGCUCCCGUACCCGGCCAUCGUGUGGAGACGGCCGGCUGGGGCACCACCUCUUUUGGCGGGGAACAAUCUUCGGUGCUCUUGAAAACCUCACUGGAUGUUAUAUCGCGGGAAAGCUGUCAAAAGCUGAUUCAUUACUUGCCGGCUGGAGCUUUUUGUACCUAUACACCGGGCCGAGAUACGUGUCAAUAUGAUUCUGGAGGUGCUCUCUAUUUACGCGGUGAACGUCUCUAUGCUGUGGGAAUUGUAAGCUAUGGCUUUGCCUGUGCCUCUAAUCAGCCCUCGGUAAAUACGAGAGUGGCCUCGCAUUUGAAAUGGAUUAGAACUAAGACAUUGGAUGCUCAAUAUUGUGUGAAAUGAGAGGGGAG